UUAUUGCCAAAAAGGAUUCAAAAUCUGAUUUAACUCCCAAGUAUAAAUGAGCCCUUUAGAGAAGAUUGUGUGCAGAAGUUCUAGUGUACUGAGCUAAUGAUCAUGGAAGCUCAGCGAAGAAAAAGAUACGGAAACUGAAAGAUCUUCUCUUAACCCAACUGGGAAAAGAGAAAACUUCAGACUUUUUAUUUUUUUUCACUCUUUCCGUAGUCAAAGGGUUGAAAAACAGUGAGUAAAUCAGAAAUAGCAAGAAUUUGGUUGGUCCAUUUGCUUUAUAAGUUGUUCGAUAAAAAGUUGAACCAAAAUAGGAAGGUGGUUAGGGGUAUUUUCUUUUGUUUUAGUAGUUUGAGUGGGUUACGAAGUUGAAAAGAGAGAGAAAGAUUGAAUUUUUAUUUUUUUUUAUUUGAUUGAAAGGGAGGGAAGUGGAAGGCUUUUUGGUUUGAAUUUGAGAAGUUCAUCUUCUUCAGUGGCAAUAGAUAUGGGCAAAGCUACAAGGUGGCUAAAGGGCUUGCUGGGGAUGAAAAAGAAGAAAGAAAAAGACCAUUUAGAGAACUCAUUUUCAGAUUCAAAUUCAAGUUUCAGUGACAACAAGAAGGAGAAGAAAAGGUUCAGUUUUGGCAAGUCAUUGAAAGACACAAGUGUGAAUUCUCAGAUUCCUCUCAACAUUGCAGCUAAUAUUCCAGCCAGAGACAUGGAAUGGCUCAGGUCGUACAUUACCGAUUCAGAAAGUGAGCAGAACAAGCAUGCAAUUGCUGUCGCAGCAGCCACUGCAGCUGCCGCCGACGCAGCAGUGGCUGCGGCACAGGCAGCCGUGGCGGUUGUGAGGCUGACUAGUAAUGGUAACAGGUCUCUUUUGAGUAUAGGGAAAGAGACGUGGGCUGCUGUGAAAAUUCAGACUGUGUUUAGGGGCUAUUUGGCCCGGAAAGCCCUUAGAGCUUUGAAGGGAUUGGUGAAGAUUCAGGCUCUUGUUCGAGGGUAUCUUGUCCGGAAACGGGCAACUGCAACUCUUCACAGUAUGCAAGCUUUAAUCAGAGCUCAAACUGCAGUCAGAUCUCAGCGUGCUCGCCGCUCUUUCAAUAAAGAGAACAAGUUUCAACCAGAGUUUCGACCACGAAAAUCCAUAGAAAGGUUUGAUGAAACAAGAAGUGAAAUGCAUAGUAAAAGAAUGCCUGUAUGUCUUGAGAGUCCACUUAAUGGAUUUGAUGAAAGUCCUAAAAUAGUUGAAAUCGACACAUUCAAGCCAAGAACAAGGUCUCGUCGCUACAACGCUGUGUUAUCUGAGUUUGGUGAUGAGCUAUACUACCAAGCAAUGUCAUCGCCUCUUCCAUGUCCAGUUCCAGCUCGAAUCUCCAUCCCCAAUCACCCAAAACAUCCAGAUUUCGAGUGGUGCUUUACUGGCGACGAAUGCAGGUUCUCCACGACCGCACAUAACACCCCUCGUUUUGUGAAUUCCGUUCGAUCAAGUGUUCCUCUAACUCCAUCAAGAAGUAUGUGUGGCGACAUGUACACCAGGGCCUAUUCCAACUUCCCUAAUUAUAUGGCAAACACACAAUCGUUCAACGCGAAAUUGAGGUCCUACAGUGCGCCAAAGCAACGACCGGAACCAGGGGCAAAGAAGAGGCUUUCUCUGAACGAAGUUAUGGCUGCAAGAAACAGCAUAAGCAGUGUUAAAAUGGAAAGGUCGUCCUGUAUUCAGGUUCAAGAAGGAUUGAACAAGGAAGCUUAAUGAUAAAUUUGGCAAAAGUUUUUAUUUUCUAGUUUUUAUUUUUUUAAUGUUAACAAGCAAAACAGGAUAGAACAAAAAGUGCUUGUGUAAAUUCUUUCAGUAUUUCUUACUGAAUCUUUGCCUUCUUAUGAAAUGAGAGAGCUUUCUAGUUUAUGUUCCAA